GUCGCCGUAGUCAUCUGCCGUUCUUCCGACUGAGCCUCUUCCCAGAUUAAUUUCACCAUAAUUCUGAUCCUCUCCAGCGAUCAAUCAGCAGAUCCUCUCCCACAACUGCAAAUCCGUUGCCUUCAAGCUUUGACUGAAGUUCGCCCCGUUUACGGAACGCCUCAUCGCCGUCUCUGUAUCCAGAAAAAAAAAAAAAGAAACAAGUUGAAGAAGAAUUUGUCACCCGAAGAACGAUAAUCCUCGAGGGCGCUUACAGUUCUGAACAAUGGCGAAAGUAUCUCAGAUUCCUAACCUAGACAAUUCACCACUGAAUCUACGAUCCCUGAGGGAGCAGUCUCAGAGAGAGCUCGUCAACAUUCUCAAGAAUGUUCGAGGAAAGAAGUGCUUGGUUAUUGAUCCCAAGCUAAGUGGGUCUCUUUCUUUGAUCAUCCAGACCUCAGUUCUAAUGGAGUACGGGGUUGAACUGAGGCAUCUUUCAGCUGACCCACUGGAGACAGAUAUCUCCAAAAUUGUAUACCUUGUCCGCUCUCAGUUCGAGUUGAUGAAAUUUAUCUCUUCACAAGUGCAUAAUGACAUAUCUAAAGGACUGCAGAGGGAGUACCAUGUCUAUUUUGUCCCUCGACGAGAAGUUGUUUGUGAGAAAGUGCUCGAGGAGGAAAAAGUUCAUCACCUGAUGACCAUAGGGGAAUACCCAUUAUACAUGGUUCCAUUCGACGAGGACGUGAUAUCGUUCGAACUUGAUUGUGUUAACAAAGAGUUCCAAGUUGAUGGUGACACAAGCUCACUUUGGCAUAUAGCAAAAGCUAUUCACAAGCUUGAGUCCUUUUCUGGGUUGAUACCCAAUGUCCGGGCCAAAGGCAGAUGCUCUGUACGCGUUGCUGACAUCCUCACUCGCAUGCAGACGGAAGAACCUGUCAACUCGCAUGAUAUGGGUAUUCCAGAAAUAAACACAGUCAUCCUUCUAGAUAGAGAGGUGGACAUGGUCACACCUAUGUGUUCCCAGCUAACAUACGAAGGAUUGAUAGAUGAGUUUUUCCAUAUAAAUAAUGGUUCUGUGGAGCUUGAUGCAUCUAUUUUGGGUGCUCAACAACAAGAAGGAAAAAAGAUGAAACAUCCACUCAAUUCAAGUGACAAGUUGUUCAAAGAGACCCGUGAUCUCAACUUUGAAGUCGUCGUCCAGGUUCUCCGCCAAAAAGCAACCUCCAUGAAGGAGGAUUACGCAGAGAUGACAUCAACCAACCAGUCAGUUUCCGAGUUGAAGGAUUUUGUCAAGAAGCUCAACUCAUUGCCAGAAAUGACUAGGCACAUAAAUCUUGCCCAACAUUUGACAACGUUCACAUCUAAGCAAUCUUUUCUUGCACGACUUAACAUGGAACAUACAAUUGUUGAGGCGGAGAGUUAUGACAUAUGCUUUGAGCACAUAGAAGAACUUAUCCAUAAGCAGGAGCCUCUUAUUAGUGUCCUCCGUCUCCUCAUUCUGUUUUCUGUUACCAAUUCGGGAUUGCCCAAGAAACAUUUUGAUUAUUUGAGGCGGGAGCUACUGCAUAGCUAUGGAUUUGAACAUAUAGCAACAUUGAACAAUCUAGAGAAGGCUGGAUUGCUUAGAAAGCAGGAAUCAAAGUCCAACUGGCUGACUAUUAAGCGUGCUCUACAACUUGUAGUUGAAGAUACUGACACGGCCAACCCCAAUGACAUUUCAUAUGUCUUUUCUGGAUAUGCACCACUGAGCAUUCGCCUAGUUCAUCAUGCCAUUCGAUCUGGAUGGCGCCCCAUGGAAGAAAUCUUGAGACUGUUGCCUGGGCCUCAUUCAGAGACAAAAAGGUCAGCAUUAAAAAUUGCGCUUCUGUGCUAUUUUGGUAACCUAUGUCUUCCAUGUUUCAGAGUGGCUGACGGCAGACGAUCCCUCGUACUCGUUGUCUUCAUAGGAGGAGUCACAUUUGCGGAAAUUGCAGCUCUUCGAUUUCUCAGUGCUCAGGAAGGAAUGGCUUAUGACGUGAUGGUUGCUACCACAAAGAUGAUCAGUGGCAAUAGUUUGACUGAAUCAUAUGUUGAGAAGCUGGGCUAGUUUUACUUGCUGCACAAAGAAACAGCUGACAGCAAACGAGCUCUCGCCUGGGUAGUUUUACUACGUCCUCUCGCCUGAUCAGAUAUGGUCUUGUGUAAACCAAAAAUCUACUUGAUUCUUUGAGUCUUCGGCCUUGCGUGUCUCUUAUAGAAGUGAGCUUGAGAAUGCAAGUACCUGAGAGGAGUUGUUUGAUUAGAGAAGACUGACGCGGGAUAUGUUUGGAGUUCACUUGUCAAGUUUUAUGGUAGAGCUUUUCUACCUCUUAACUGAGAAUCUCGAUAGUUUCUGAAAAAUACAUGAACAAUUCAGAAUCUCCUCUGUUG